GACCAAGUGCAGCAGCGUCUACGCCCGUCACACACUAGCUAGCCAGCGCACAUGACUGUCAACGUCAAGGCCCGCAAGACGCCCAGCUUUGUCGGCUGGGGCUGGGGUGCCCUCAUCGUCCUCACUGGCGUGGGGUACUACUACGCGAAAGGCGAGAACGAGAAGCGUUGGAAGGGAGCGCGAGCGCGUGGCCUGCGCGCGAUCGAGAACCCGGAGGACGCCGCUGCGACGACGACCUCGACGACGACCUCGAGCAAAGCAUGACCACCACCAAACCGACCAUAGACACACCCACCCCUCAUAGCAUCAAUGGCAUUCCAGUAUCAGCGAA